AUGCUUCAUGGACCAUGUGGAAUUGACAACCCUAAAUCACCUUGCAUGAAAGAUGGGAAGUGUUCAAAGUUCUUCCCCAAAGCAUUUAGCAAUGAAACUUCAUUUGACAAGUUUGGAAAUGUAGUCUAUCGAUGUAGAAAUUCUAGAGUACAAGUGAAAAAAGGAAAAGUUAUGCUGGAUAAUAGAUAUGUCGUUCCAUAUAACAGGAAUUUACUGGUUAGAGCUCAGGCUCACAUUAAUGUUGAGAUAUGUCAUAAAGGAGGAUUGGUGAAAUACUUAUUUAAGUAUAUCACUAAAGGACCAGAUAGGCAAUCAAGUGUGAAAAACAUUCUGAAGAAUCCCAGAGCUGGCAAAACACAUCUGACAGCUUGGUUUCAACUUAAUAGACAGGACCCUGAUGCUAGAAAGCUAACAUAUGCUCAGAUACCAGGUUCAUACACAUGGGAUGAAGAAUAUAAUGAGUGGACAUUGAGGAAAAGAGGAUUUGCCAUUGGAAGAAUUGCUUAUGUUCCUCCAGGAAGCAGUGAUGUCUUUUUCCUUAGACUAUUGUUGACAAAGGUACAAGGAGCAGCCAGCUUUAAUGACUUAAGGACUGUUCGAGGAGAGCUCUGCAGUACUUAUGAAAAAGCGUGUGAAAAAUUAGGUCUCUUAUCUGAUUCUUCAGAAUGGAUUAAGGUUCUUCAGACACGGAGGAACAGGCAAGACAUUCCUGUACAAUGCAAUAAUCACAAAGCUCAAGAGUUUGUCCAAAAUAUGAUUGUUGUUGCUUCCUCUGGAAUUGCAGCAACACUACUUCCAAAUGGCACAACUGCUCAUUCUAGAUUCAAGAUCCCACUCCACUUGGACAACACAUCGACAUGUUCUAUAAAAAAGGGUACACAUUUAGCUGAACUAAUAUGCGAGGCUUCAUUAAUUGUUUGGGAUGAAGCGCCAAUGACACAUCGACAUGCAUUUGAGGCAAUUAGCAGGACAUUUUGUGAUCUGAUGGAGAUUCCUCUGUCUGGAACAGGACAUAAACUAUUUGGGGAUAAAGAGGUCCCUGAAUCAUUUAGUGAAACUUAUCCCACUGAGUUUCUUAAUACUUUAUCGUUCAAUGGUGUGCCAGAUCACGAGAUAAGACUGAAAGUUAACACUCCAGUGAUGUUGCUCAGAAAUCUAAGCCCCCCAAGUGGUUUAUGCAAUGGAACACGAUUGAUGAUAACGUCGUUAGGUCAGAAUAGCAUCAUAGGAAAUAUCAUGGGAGGAUCCUUUGAUGGAAAACCUGUAGCAAUAUCACGAAUUGUGCUCAACAUUGAGGACAAAAAAUGGCCGUUCAUCCUCAAGAGACGUCAAUUUCCUGUUCGAUUAUGUUAUGGAAUGACGAUAAACAAAAGCCAGGGACAAACCCUGGAUAAAGUUGGAAUUUAUCUACCGAAUCCAGUAUUCAGUCAUGGCCAAUUGUAUGUGGCCGUAUCCAGAGUCAGAUCUGCAGCUGGGCUGAGGUUUCUGAUAACAAAUGAAGAGGGUGUUCCAGGAAAUCACACAAGAAACAUUGUGUUCUCAGAAGCAUUCACAGAUAUCACAGGAAAUUAA